AUGGCUACUGGUCAAGUCGAGUGCGAGGUCUUCGCCACGCGCGACGAAGCCAUCAAGUUCGUCGAGGCAUACUACAGCAACCCCAAUAACCACUGGUUCGGCGUCAGAGAGCGCGCGGCAGCCUACAAGAAGGCGGGAGAGAUGUUUAAGGAGCAGUCGGGCGGCUGGGUCCCGACGACCGCCAUCACGGGCUGCGAGGUCAAGCUCCCAAUCGUGCGCCCCGACAACGGCCCGUUCUGGAAACACGUUGCGCCCGAGGCUUACCGCAACGGCAAGUUCUCGCUCGGCUUGACCGAGAUGAGCGAUGAGGAUUUCAAGGAGAUUUUGAAAGCCAGGAGCAAGUUCCGCCCCUCGCUAGUAUACACCACCGUGGAUCGGAUGGUUAAGGAUAUCGAGGCCCGGUCCGAGGGACCUAUCCGCAAGGACGACAUCAUCUUCAGUACCAUCAGAUGCAUCCAGUGGGGUUGGGACACUCCCAUCAAGUACGCGGGCAUCUACAAUGCAAAAAUUAGCAGCAGGCGGCUGUCACAAGCCCUGGAGGCCUGGACCAAGAGCGAGCAGGGCAAGUCAUUCAACAAGCACUUGCGAGAAAUCAAGGAAGACCGCGAAAAGCACAACGGCAUGAAGGUCAAGCGAGUCGUCGCCAUCGCGCUCGGCACAAUGUCCGAGGACGCGGCCGUCUACCAGCACUGCCUGGCCAUCGGGCUUGCCAAGGAGCUGGGCGUCAGGGAUAUUUUCAUGCAAGAUCCUGCCUACACAACCUCGGACAAGAAGGCGCUGCACGAGUACGGCGUCAAGAUCACGACCGACGACCGCAUCUUCAACCACAUCUACAGCGACUCCAUUGUCAUCUGCAUCGCUCCGGCUAUCCCUGUUCUUGAGAUGAUGUGUGCCAAGAUUCACAGCUUCAACGAGUGGCCGGCCAUGCUGAUCUGGGAGAAUAUCAGGUGGACCUGCUGGCAUCCUGACCGCUGCACGCCCCGGGUUCAAACCAUGAUGAAAAAAUAUGAGAUGGUUGAUCUUGCUACCAAGCUUGACGAGAACGAGUUCCUAGACACCAAGGUCUAUGUCAGACGUCGAGAAGAGGACUUUGCUGGCAAGCAGAAAGCCUAG